CCCGAGGUCACCCGCUCGGCGCGAGAGGCAGGUGGCCGCGGCAGAGAAAGACCUGCAGAUCUAGGGGAUCCACGCGACCCCGGUCCCCGCCGGGAGAAGUAACCAAUGUGAAACAUGUUGUAGAAGUACUCAAGAAGUGGUUGAAGGAAGAAAGAAAGUGCCACUGCCUAUCAGAAAAUAAAACAAACCAUGGGAAAUACAACUACCAAAUUCCGCAAAGCACUCAUCAAUGGUGAUGAAAACCUGGCUUGCCAAAUAUAUGAAAACAAUCCUCAGCUAAAAGAAUCCCUUGAUCCAAAUAUAUCUUAUGGAGAGCCCUAUCAGCACAACACUCCAUUACACUAUGCUGCUAGACAUGGAAUGAAUAGAAUAUUAGGGACUUUUCUUUUUGGUAGAGAUGGAAACCCAAAUAAACGGAAUGUGCACAAUGAAACCUCUAUGCACUUGCUGUGUAUGGGACCUCAAAUCAUGAUAUCUGAAGGGACCCUGCAUCCUCGCUUAGCACGGCCUGUGGAAGAUGACUUCAGAAGGGCAGAUUGUCUGCAGAUGAUCUUAAGAUGGAAAGGAGCAAAACUUGACCAGGGCGAAUAUGAGAGAGCGGCUAUUGAUGCAGUUGAUAACAAAAAAAACACACCCCUUCACUAUGCUGCAGCCUCAGGGAUGAAAGCCUGUGUAGAGCUUUUAGUAAAACAUGGAGGAGACUUGUUUGCUGAAAAUGAAAAUAAAGAUACUCCUUGUGAUUGUGCCGAAAAGCAACACCACAAAGACCUGGCCCUCAGUCUGGAGUCUCAGAUGGUGUUCUCUCGGGACCCCGAGGCUGAAGAAAUAGAAGCUGAGUAUGCUGCAUUAGACAAGCGAGAGCCAUAUGAAGGACUAAGGCCCCAGGAUCUUCGGAGGUUAAAAGAUAUGCUUAUUGUGGAGACUGCAGACAUGCUCCAGGCCCCUCUGUUUACUGCUGAAGCACUGCUCCGAGCUCACGAUUGGGACAGGGAGAAAUUGCUUGAAGCUUGGAUGUCCAACCCGGAGAACUGCUGCCAACGGUCAGGUGUGCAGAUGCCAACUCCACCACCAAGCGGGUACAAUGCCUGGGACACGCUGCCUUCCCCAAGAACUCCAAGGACUACACGGUCCUCUGUCACCUCUCCAGAUGAAAUCAGUCUCUCUCCUGGGGAUUUAGAUACCAGCUUGUGUGACAUUUGUAUGUGCAGUAUUUCUGUAUUUGAAGAUCCAGUGGAUAUGCCCUGUGGACACGAUUUUUGUAGAGGCUGUUGGGAGUCGUUUUUAAAUCUGAAAAUUCAAGAAGGUGAAGCCCAUAACAUUUUCUGCCCUGCAUAUGAGUGCUUUCAACUCGUGCCUGUAGAUGUCAUAGAAAGUGUAGUUUCCAAGGAGAUGGACAAACGAUACCUACAGUUUGAUAUUAAGGCCUUUGUUGAAAAUAAUCCUGCCAUUAAAUGGUGUCCUACCGCAGGCUGUGAAAGAGCAGUCAGGCUGACAAAACAGGGGUCCAAUCCGUCUGGGCCUGACACCCUCAGCUUCCCAUUGCUCAGAGCCCCUGCUGUGGACUGCGGCAAAGGACACCUCUUCUGCUGGGAGUGCCUUGGUGAAGCACAUGAGCCUUGUGACUGCCAAACAUGGAAAAAUUGGCUCCAAAAGAUAACUGAAAUGAAGCCAGAAGAACGUGAGUGGAAUUCUGCACAGCUGUGCUAUGUACUUCCUAUGAGCAUUCAACAGAUAACGUUAUAG